AUGGGUACGAAUAAAAAGGAAAAGCAAAGGAGGGUCAGAGAAAAUGAUACGAGGGAUGGAAACCUCCGUGUCAAAGGAGAGAAUUUUUACCGAGAUGCGAAAAAGGUCAAGCAUUUACUGAUGUACAAGAGUGGUAGAGCUGUAAGAAAUGCAAAGGGAGAGAUUAUCAGAGCAGCUGAUUUUCAGUCAACAGAUACACCUAUAGCACGAGUUGAUCCCAAUCGAAAAUGGUUUGGAAACACAAGAGUUAUUGCCCAGGAUGCUCUUACCCAUUUUAGAGAAGCAAUGGGAGACAAGAAGCAUGAUUCAUACCAAGUCUUGUUGAAAAGAAAUAAGCUUCCAAUGUCGCUAUUGGAUGAGAAGGAUCUGACUGAGGCUCCAACUGCAAAAAUAUUAGAAACAGAGUCCUAUAAACUGACAUUUGGUCCAAAACAACAAAGAAAGAAGCCAAGGACGUUAGAGGUAUCAACUUUAGAAGACUUAGCUUCAAAAACUGAAUCAGACUCCUAUGAUUACGAAACAAAGAAAGAAUUAGACUCUACUUUAGGCUUGAUGGGAGGUUCGUUCUUGGAUAAGGAUGAUUUCACGGAGGAAGCAAAAGAAGCCGUUUUUCACAAGGGUCAGUCGAAGAGAAUUUGGAAUGAGCUUUAUAAAGUUAUUGACUCUUCAGAUGUCAUAAUUAACGUUUUGGAUGCAAGGGAUCCAUUGGGAACUAGAUGUGCUCCGGUUGAGAGGUAUCUUAAAGAAGAAUGUGCUCAUAAGCAUUUAAUAUUUGUUUUGAACAAAUGUGACUUAGUACCGACUUGGGUUGCAGUAAGUACAAUUUAUUUCAUUUCAUUUGGUGGUAGUCGAGGGUUGAAUCACAAUUCGUUGUUAAGAUUUUUGUCUAUGACAGUUUUAAAAACUUUUUUUUUUUGCAAGACUUUAUCUUUUUUUUAUUUCUUUUUUUGACACCAAAGUCUCUGUCAGGGUGACAAUUCUGGGUUUUUAUUACCUCAUCACGAUGUCACCUGUUACGAUUUUGGAAGAAUGAUACUUCCCGCCGUGAACGCAACUUAACAGUUGAUUUUUAACCGUUCUGGUUGGAAAUUGUUUGCAAUUGGUUGAUAGUUAUUAUCAUCCUACCAGGGGAGUAUCGGGAUCUUUUUUGAGUUGAAACCUUCGAAGGUGCAUUCCUUCUAUUCCAUGGGGAGUUUCUUAGUAUAGAUUCCGACAUCCUAUUAUUUGCAUUUUUUUUUUUUUAAAUUUUUUACACUAUUCACUUCGACUACCAUCACAUGUGUUCACAGACACAAUACUAACUAUCAAUCAAGGCUGCUUGGGUAAAGCAUUUAUCAAAAUCGUACCCGACUUUGGCAUUUCAUGCUUCUAUCACUAAUUCUUUUGGGAAGGGUUCUUUAAUUCAACUUCUACGUCAAUUUUCUUCAUUGCAUUCUGACCGUAAACAGAUAUCCGUUGGUUUUAUUGGGUAUCCUAAUACUGGAAAAUCUUCAAUUAUAAAUACAUUACGUCGUAAGAAAGUGUGUCAGGUUGCCCCAAUUCCAGGGGAGACAAAGGUUUGGCA